AUGGCUAAGGGAGAAAGAGGGAAUGUUUGGCUGUCUUGGAGCCCAUGCAGUGUCACUUGUGGUGAUGGAGUACGUGAGAGAUACCGACAAUGUAUUGUGUCCUUCUCGGGAACAAUUUCUUGUAAUGGGGAGGAGAAAGAAGUCUCCCCCUGUUCACUUGUGGAUUGUGCAGGGCAGGAAUCUGGAACAGUUCACAAUGAAGCAUAUAACACAGGCAAUAUAGUAACGAUCACAGGCAUUUCUCUCUGUCUGGUGAUAAUCAUUGCCACCAUUGCUAUUACUAUACGGACAAAACUAUCACGUAAGAAACAAAACUGCAGUACUGCAGGAAGACAGGGCUCGGGACCUCAACACAGUUUCAGGAAAACCCUUGAAAAUGAAAGAAACUUCUGCGACCUGAGCCAUCAACAUGACUUUUUAACUGACAAUGUUGCCCCACUAAAGCUCAAUGAUGGUAUAGAUAUCCCUUUAACGUACAGGAGGAGCCAGCAUUUCCUUCCAAAUCAGGAAUCACAGGCUGAAGAAAACCCAGGGCAACAAAGUGCUCAGAAAGUGAUCCCUCCUAUAUUUGGAUAUCGUUUGGCACAUCAACAAUUGAAAGAAAUGAAAAAGAAAGGGAUAACGGAAGCAACUCAGGUAUAUCAUGUAACACAGCACCCUCUAGAUGACACGAUCAUUAAUGAAGCAGGAGCCCCAGUUACAGAAGUAGAUCAAACUAAUGCCACCACUAUCAUUGCACCCCAUAUGGACAAGGAAAGCGACAUAGAAAGUAGCACAAAUAGAUUUCGUAUUAAAUCUCCAUUCAUAGAUCAGAAGUCAAUUUAUUACAACCAACAAACAGAAAAACCAAACCAUAGGAUGGAUUAUACAAUUCAACCAUUUCCAGAACCGUUUGUUGACUGUUUCCUGCCAUACCAAAUGCCACAAGUAAACAGCAUGGGACCUAAUUGUGAAGCAAGUAAUAAAACACUUCCAGGUAGGCCCGGAAAGUUCAGGCAUUGUGAAACUGAGAUAGAGAUGUAUGAAAGAGGGAAUGGCAGAAAUCCUAAUUUUAGGAGAACAUCUAGCUUCAAUGAAUGCAAAACUGCAAAGUUCUACAGAGAAAGAAGUCUGUCCACUAGUACGCAGAAGCUUCCAUCCCUGUCUCACUCCAGAGCUAUUUGCAGGCCAGCAGCUGUGACUGACAGAUCCACAGGUGACAAGGCUAUAGCUCAGUUCAGAUUCAGUAAUGCUAACUCAGCAAAAUAUCAUGGCCGGACUUGCGGUGCAUUUGCUACAGAGCCCUCAAAAUAUUACAAGAAAAGUAGUCAGCCUGGGGCACAAACUUGUAAAACUGAGCUGACAAAUGAUCAGCAAAUGACAAGUGGUAUUCUUAAUAACUCAGAAACCUAUAGAGGCAAGAGAAGAUCAAGCACAUCGACGAACAGAUAUAAAUUGACUCCUAAAGUCAGUGAUCCCAACUCUGAGAACUGUUUCAAACAGACGUCUCCACAGAGCAAUCCAUUACCUCGUCAGCAAUACAGACAUGAUCGGUGUCAAAGUUUCCCUUCUGAUCCCAACUUUCUCCUGUAUGACAAUUCUGGUUUUGAGUUAACUACUUCAGAGCAGCAGAUAAUCGAUUUGCCAGCACAUUUUAGCUCACAUGUAAACGAAGAUGAAGAAGACACCAGUACUUUAAGUAAUGAAAAGCUGGUGAUCUGAGAAACUUGAGAAAAAAAACUUCUAAAAUCUAUGUAAAAUAAUUUUUUGUGUCUUAAUCUUAACCUGUCUUGUGAAAGUGACUUUAUCUUGUUAAUGAAAAGAGAUUUUUUAUAAGGAAAAUUUCCUCUUGAAAAUGAGAAUGUAUCCUAAAGCAAGAAUAGUUCUUCUCUGCGUUCUUCCCUGAUCUUGACCUUAGAUUUGCCAACUUUGAAUUCUAUAGGGGCACUAUCUGAUCUCCAUUUCUUGAUACAGGAAGAGAGUUGGAUUUCAGGGAAGAAAAUUUUUAAUGAAAAAUUUGUGCAGAAUUUCAAAGCAACUUUGCUGAAACUAGUUGAAGGAUAAAAUGUUAACCUCAUUGUAACCUUAAUUGUUACUCAGCUAUGUGUUCUACUGAUAUUGAUGACCCAGCUAAGCGCAGUGGUACUUCACAUUUUCAAAAGAACCUCAAUGCGCAGGGUAUUAUUUGGAUUUAUGUGCAAAUAUGCACAUCUGAGGUCUGUGUGCAAAGGUUUUAGAUAUGCAAUUGUGUUUCAAUGUGGUGACUUUUGUUUAAUAAUAAAUUCUAAGCUGCAAA